UUUUAUUCAAGGAUACCAGCCUGCAUACUAAUAAUAAGUUUACAUCUCAUUUAUGUCAUCAUUUAUCUGGAGAAUAACUUCCAGUUGACAGGACCGUUUCAAUAGCAGGCCUUUUGAUAUUUUUUCUAAUUCAUAGUUUACAUUCAAGUUUUCAUGAUGCCUGAGGUUGUAUCCAGAAGGUUUGUGAUUCGGCAGCCACCACCUUCAACAAGUGUCAUUCACAGUAAGAAAGUGGUCGUAUGUUCGGUAAUAUUUGCUAUCCUGGCAGUCUUAACGGCUGUUAUCGUCAUACCGAUGAGUUUUUCAUAUCUGGAAUACUAUGAAUAUGGGUUCAAGCAGCAGAAAAGUACCGGUAAAGUAUGGCUUGAGAACAUUUACACUGGGAAAAGGUAUUUUCUCGGUCCGGACUACAAUUUCCUCGUGUACCCUGCAGACUCACAGCCGCUUGAUCUGAUUAAGAUUGACGUAUUUACUAAAGACAAACUAGAGGUGGCACUAAGUGCCCACAUGCAGUAUUUCUUGAGAAAAGAUGAACUGACACUACUGCAUAAAACCUUCAAUGUUUAUUUCGAUGAUGUUAUGAAAACCAGUGCUGUGGACGCACUAAAGGGUGCAAUACCAAUAUUCACUACACGGGAGCUAAUCCAGAAUCGUUCUUCCGUGGAAAAGGUGCUUCAUAGUGCAGUCAGACAACGACUCGGUGGAGAAUGUUGUAGGCCGGACUGCAGUCAAUAUGGCCAAGCAUGCCCCGAGGGCUGUAAACCAGUUCCGCUGUGUACUGAUAAGGACAAAGGGCUACAUGCCGACGUGGUACAUUUUCAGCUAGGGAAAUACUACAUCCCAUCUCCUGUGGAAACGCGCUAUAUGGAAGCUCUUGUACUACAAGAGACGACGCUUCGAGAACAAUUGCUACAAAAUGCUUCAGUUGUCAGAAAGGAAACUCAAGCAAUAGUCAAGGAAAUUAAGAACCAAGCGAGAGAAAUAACGUCAAAUGCUACAGCGAAGGCUAAUUUAAUAACACGAGUUGCAAACGCAGACUACAGGAAAUCAAUAGAAGAGGCUCGAAUUAUUGGUCUUGCAAGGUGUUUAAGUUCGCUUAAUAUUACAGACGAAGAGAAGAAGAUCAGCUUUGACUAUCUUCGUGCGCUGCUGGACAACGGCAAAGUGAGACUGAAUAUCAAUUUUGACCAACUGAUUGCCGGCAAACUUUAGAAAUGAAAUAAAAGUCCUCUAUAAUAAACUAGAAUGAUUAAUAUGUACGUGAUCGCACAUAAAAAGGACCAAGCCUUGUCCAGGAGCAAUAAGAUUUAAGACCUUUCUGACCUCUUUGAUGAUUGGACAGUGAAUUAUGUGUGCUAUCAACAACACUGUUUAGUUGUGAUAUAUACAUACAUCAAGUUAAAACAAAACUAUUGCCAAGCAAACAAAGUCCCCUGUCGGAUUAAGUUUUUGUUGCGUAAUAGAUGUUCCAAAAUGGAGACAAGCGUUUUCUUUAGGCAAACUAUCUGCCGUCUAAGUUCCAUUAACGUAAAGGCCGUGCUAAAAUUGUGAUCUCUAUUAGGUUUACAGUAAAUUUAUGACCUCUAGUGUGUUUACAGAAGUUUUUUGACGGAAGAUGGACGCCAGACUAACCACUAUACUUAACAGCUCAACCAGAACGUCGAGUACAUGUGAGCUAAAGUGGACUCCUUUUGUUUCAUUUAAAUAUCUAUCAUUCUUUUCAAGUUAUCGCAGGUUUGCUAAUAGAUAGACGGAUGAAGGACAGUCAUUUACUCCAAACUUAUUUUCAGCCGGUAGGGGACUAAUAAAGUUGAAUUAAUGGUAACAAAGUUAGUGCUCAAACCGCUAAAAGGUCGAGUCCUAAUAAAAGAAAUUGUCUUAGUCACAUGAAAGAUUUUUUCCAACACAAAGACUAUAAUUACAUCAUUUCAAGAAGCCACUUGUAUCAGUCUAAAGAGGGUCUUAUUGUAUCGUAUACUACUUUAUAAAGUCUUUUAUAUUUUGUUAUGUUUGAAAAGUAUAGAAAGGUCUUUUAAAAUCUCUAAGCAGAUAAAAAGAAUAGUAAUCAUAACCCUUAUGACUACGGAAAAUGAGAAAAUAAACUGUUCUUCGUAUAUUUGUGCUGAACCUCUUAAAUGUUACUUACAUAAAUGUAUUUUCUAAAUAUAUAACUUUUAAAUGGU